UAUAUAUAUACGCGCGGGAUUAGCACUUUAGGGUACUUGACUAUUACUAAAAGCAGAUAAUGUAUGGCGCAUAUUUUUAUCAAAACGAGGUAGCAAAGUUUCAGUCCAUCUCGCGUAUUCAAACAUGCAGGCUUCGCCGAUAAGGAUGAGCAGUCGUGCGUUUUGAGCGAUUUUUUCCAGUCUCAUGAGGCUUGCAGAAUAAUAAUGAGGAUGAGAAAAUCAUUUCCCUUGUUAAUAUUGUUUAUCAUCAACAUUUUAUUUUUCCUCGCUGUGAUAUUCGAGGCGCCGAGCACAUCCGCCCGGAAUGGAGAGAUCUUUGUGAUUGUUUCAUCUCGAACACUGUCGGGGGCGCAGACCCUCGGCUCCGUGGUAGUUGAUAAUGCCGAUGCUGGAAACACGUCUUUGGUGGAAAUGUUUAAAAAUACUCUCCUUUACGGAAAAUUGGAUCAAUCAGGAACAUACCUGACGCUGUCAAAUGUUAUCGUGGCCCUGGACAACGAAAAUGUUUUAAAGGAGCCUCUGUGUGUUGCGAUCCAAUCGUCUUUUGACCAGCUCCACAAACUUCCUGAUUUUGUUUCCACGUGGCCAGGACCCGUCUCCCUCGCAGUCUUCGCGCCUGGCGACGAAUUUCUCCUCGCAAUCUCAUACGCAAAAUAUUUAAGAGCCUGUUUUCCAGCAAUCAAAGCCCAGGUGAACUGGCACUUUGCUUUUCCUAUCGAUUACCAAGCCAACGAGAAUUCCAUCGGCCAGGUCUGGCGGGACAUGGCGUUGAACUGCAGUCUGAACCAAAAUGAAACCCUUGUGAGAGUGCUGGAGAGACUGAGUCCAGAGGCGAGAGAAGAUAUAUCUGCGAAGAGAAAAAACCACGAACUGCCGUACCCGCAAAACCUGAUGCGGAAUUUAGCCCGGCAGCACUGCCUGAGCGAGUGGGUCAUGUGUCCGGACAUAGACAUGGUGUUUCCCAGACCUGACCCGCUCGUGCAGCCGCCCCUAACGGACAGACUGAAAGCUUUUCUGCAGUCCCAAUCAGCUGCCGAAAGUGCAAAUUCCGUUUUCGUGUUUCCUCUGUACGAAGUGAAGCACGAGAAUUUCACCCUGCCGAGCAGCAAAAGCGAGCUGCUGGCGUACAAGAGGAGAAACUGGGCCCAGGUUUACCACGUCAAGGUGUUCAGUCCGAAUCAGGGCUGUUCUAAACUGGCCACCUGGGAGAAGAGGCCCGAGGAAAACGUGCAGGUCGCUUACAAAAUUGAGUUUAAAAUGUGGUGCGAGCCAAUCUACGUGGCCAAACGGGGAAUUCCACUGUUUGACGAGAGAUAUGUCGGUUACGGAAUGACCAGGAACACUCAGGCAUAUGAAACGGCUCUGGCUGGCUACAAUUUCUACCUGUUAGACGGCAUUUUCCUGAACCACGUGUGGGGCUUGCAAAGUAGAUCAAUGCAGGGCAAAGCUCGGAAGAAGGAGACAUCGAUGAACCACAAAUUUUUCGCCAGCGUGCACGCUCGAGAACUGGCUGCGAGAUACGACAGCGACAAAUUUAACGUGCUCUCCAUUCAGAAGCAGGGAAAAAGGAACUACAACGUCGCCAUGGAAACAGUUAAACCAAGAAAUAAACAAAUUAAUUUAAACACCUAGUUAAACAAUCUACGAUUACCUUUGUUCUCACAAGGGUGAUUUUCUCAGGAAAAAAUACAUGUUUUUAUGUAAUCUUCUAAUAAAACAAUGGGAUUGAGUUUAAAUA